AACACGCUUGUUAUAUCAACACGUGCCCAAGAAAGACAGCAAAAGAAAAUGGGACGAAUGAAGAAAAAGUUUGAGAGUGGGGAAGCCACUGCCUUUAUGUCUAGAAAUCAAGCCAUCAAGAAACUUCAGCUCAGUUUGGCAGAUUUCAGGCGCCUAUGUAUAUUGAAGGGAAUCUACCCCCAUGAACCUAAACAUAAGAAGAGAGUUGGGAGAGGUAACACAGCUCCCAAGACAUACUACUUUGUCAAAGACAUACAGUUUCUGUCACACGAACCGAUAAUAUGGAAAUUCAGGGAGACCAAGCAUUAUGUACGGCGACUGAAAAAAGCCUUGGAGAAAAAUAACACAGAAGCAGUCAAACGUAUCAGAGGCAAUAAACCAAAAUACAAACUUCACCAUAUUGUACGGGAAAGGUAUCCCAUGUUCUCUGAUGCUAUCCGGGACCUAGAAGACUGUCUGUCGAUGUGCUUUCUAUUUGCAACUCUUCCAAAGACGAGUAGAACCUUCACAGAACACAUAUUCAAAGCUAGAAAACUAACAGUUGAGUUCCUUCAUUAUGUGAUUGCCUCUAAGUCCUUAAGAAAGGUGUAUGUCUCCAUCAAGGGGAUUUACUACCAAGUGGAGAUACUUAAUGAGACUAUCACUUGGGUUCAGCCUCACAAGUUAGGGUAUGAGGCCCCAACUGAAGUGGAUUUCAAGAUCAUGCAGACGUUUGUGGAGUUCUACAUCACAAUGUUGGGGUUUGUAAACUACAAACUCUACCAUACACUUAAUCUACACUACCCACCUCAGCUUGAGGAUGGUUUCACAGAGAACGACUUUGAUGAAGAAAUGACACGAAAAGAACGAGUUGAAGAAAAACUGGCAUCGUUGUCACAGAAUGUGAUGUCUAUUGAUGCUGGAGGGGGAGAGGAUGAUGCAGAGAUAGAUGACUUCCCUCUUGCAGAUCCAGAUAAUCCAGAUCACAUUGAGCAGGCACGUGUUGAAGCAGAACAACACAAGAAAUUUUUAUCACUUUUCAAAGGCCAAAAAUUCUUCUUAAAUCGUGAAACUCCUCAGGAAAGUUUGACAUUUGUCAUCAGAUCAUUUGGAGGUCAAGUUUCUUGGAGUAAAACUGAUGCCCAAGGUGCUACAUAUGAAGAGACAGACCAGACCAUAACACACCAGGUAGUAGACAGACCCUCCAAAAGUAUGGCCACCAAGUACAUUUCCAGAUGCUAUGUACAACCUCAGUGGGUGUAUGACUGUGUCAACACAAAGAAGCUGUUACCUGUGAAUGAUUACGUCAUUGAUGCUGUUUUACCUCCUCAUCUGUCACCUUUCGUGGAGGAGCAGGAGGAUGACUACAUACCACCUGAGAGGCUGGCUCUACUAAGCAGACAGAAUGAUGGAGAAGAUUCAGGUAGACAAGGAAUGGGUGAGGAAGAUGAUGACAAGGCAGAGGCUGACCAGGAUGAGGACGAUGAAGCAGAGGAGGAGGAGGAAGAAGAUGAGGAUUCUGAACAGGAAGUUGAGGAGGAAACUAAACGUUCAAAACAAAGGGAUGUCAAACACAAACAGACACACGAGUCAAAGGUGAAAACAAAGAAACUGAAGGAUGAACACAACACUAGUGCAAUGUCAGUGGAGAGAGGGAAGAUGCAGGAAGAGGAUGUGGAACGAAAACGUUCACGACAGAUGGCAGAGGAACGCAAACUAGCUGAAAUGACAAUCCCUAAGAAGAAGAAAAGGAUGUAUGAUAGAGUCGUUGCUGCAAGGAAUAAAAAGAAACAAGAGAAAAGGAUAUUGACAGAAAAACGGUGUUCAAUAGAAAAAGCCAAGAGGAAUGGAAGGAAGGAGACAUUGAUUUGAUCGUGAAAUAUUGUUCACCUACCAAGUCUAUCAUUAGCUUAUGCUAUGGUGCAGUGCCUGUCGUCAACAUUUUCACUUGUUCCUUUCGCAUCAACUUUUUCUUUAAACAUAUUUUAAUAGCCAAGAAGUCCACUUCCUUGACCCACUUUCAAAGUCAAAGAGACCUAAUGUGUAAAAAUCUUUAUAAUGAUCUGAUUGAGAAGGUCAGAUCUAUAUUGAAUUGAGCAAAGCCCAUUUCAAUGAAUUUGAAAUUUACCAACUGCCAUGUUCACUACAAUGAGACAGAUGAGCAAUACAGGAAUAUUUAGUCUUUUGUUUUGUUGUGAACAAAUGUCAAAGAAAUGUGAUUUUCUGGACUGAGUUGUAUUGUGUUACAUUUAGGACACUGCAUACUUACUGUGGAUAGCUCCUCAACAAGGCUUUGUUCAUUUGGAAUUCCUUCAUUGAUAGCAUCCUCAAAUCGGAGAACAAGAGAAUUUAGUGUAAAUUAUUUCCAUUAGAAAGAAAAAGGAAAAGGUUUAUAUGUGAAUUAAUGUUUUGUUUCAUGUCAUCAAGAUUGCUACUUUUGGAGCUGAGGAAGUUUAACGAGGUAAUUUUGAAAGAAAUAAAGAUUUUGAACAUG